AGUCAUAGCUGUAGACUGUAGAAAACUAUAGCAAGAGAGAGAGAGAGAGAAAUCAUUCUUCAUCACAUAUUACUCUUAGCAUUCAACAGAUUUCAAAAAUGGAUAUUGGCUUAGCAGUUGGUGGUGCAUUUCUCUCUUCAGCUUUGAAUGUUCUCUUUGAUAGGCUUGCUCCUGAGGGUGAUCUGCUCAACAUGUUUCAGAAGCAUAAGCAUCAUGUUCAGCUCUUAAAGAAGCUGGAGGACAUUUUGCCUGGUCUUCAGAUUGUGCUAAGUGAUGCAGAGAAUAAGCAGGCAUCAAAUCAAUUUGUGAGACAGUGGCUUAAUAAGCUUCAGAAUGCUGUGGACGGUGCUGAAAACUUAAUUGAAGAAGUCAACUAUGAAGCUUUGAGACUUAAGGUGGAAGGUCAGCAUCAAAAUCUUGCAGAAACAAGCAACCAGCAAGUAAGUAACCUUAACCUGUGCUCGAGUGAUGAUUUCUUUCUUAACAUAAAGGAGAAGUUGGAAGACACCAUGGAAACAUUGGAGGAUUUGGAAAAGAAAAUUGGCCGCCUUGGCUUAAAAGAGCAUUUCGGUUCGACUAAACAAGAAACUAGAACACCUUCAACUUGUUUGGUUGAUGAUUCUGAUAUCUUUGGAAGGCAGAAUGAUAUAGAGGAAUUGAUUGGCCGUUUAUUAUCUGAAGAUGCAAAUGGAAAAAAUCUGAGUGUAGUUCCUAUUGUUGGAAUGGGCGGCGUGGGUAAGACAACACUUGCUAAAGCCGUUUACAAUCAUGAGAAGGUGAAGGACCAUUUUGGUUUGAAAGCUUGGUUUUGUGUUUCUGAGGCAUAUGAUGCUUUCAGAAUAACAAAAGGGCUACUUCAAGAAAUUGGUUCAUUUGUUGACAACAAUCUUAAUCAGCUACAGGUCAAAUUGAAGGAAAGCUUGAAGGGAAAGAAGUUUCUUGUUGUCCUUGAUGAUGUGUGGAAUGACAACUACAACGAGUGGGAUGAGUUGAGAAAUCUUUUUGUACAAGGAGAUAUAGGAAGUAAGAUCAUUGUGACGACACGUAAAGAGAGUGUUGCCUUGAUGAUGGGUAAUGAGCAAAUUAGAAUGGACAAUUUGUCAAUUGAAGAAUCUUGGUCUUUAUUUAAAAGACAUGCAUUUGAAAACAUGGAUCCUAUGGGACAUCCAGAACUUGAAGAGGUCGGAAAACAAAUUGCAGCUAAAUGCAAAGGACUGCCCUUAGCUCUGAAGACGCUCGCUGGCAUGUUACGCUCUAAAUCAGAGGUCAAAGGGUGGAAACGUAUUUUGAGAAGUGAAAUAUGGGAGCUGCCAGACAACGACAUAUUGCCAGCGUUGAUGUUGAGCUACAAUGAUCUUCCCUCACAUUUAAAACGAUGUUUUUCUUAUUGUGCAAUAUUUCCUAAAGAUUAUCCAUUUAGGAAAGAACAAGUUGUUCAUCUGUGGAUUGCUAAUGGUCUCGUACGACAGGAAGAUGAAAUUAUUCAAGAUUCAGGCAACCAAUACUUUCUCGAGUUGAGAUCAAGAUCAUUAUUCGAAAGGGUCCCAAAUCCUUCUGAAGGGAACAUAGAGAAAUUCUUGAUGCAUGACCUUGUCAACGAUUUAGCCCAAAUUGCAUCUUCAAAACUUUGUAUCAGGUUGGAAGAGAGCCAAGGAUCUCAUAUGUCGGAAAAAAGUCGGCACUUAUCAUAUUCAUUGGGAUAUUGUGGUGACUUUGAAAAAUUGACACCCCUCUACAAAUUGGAGCAGCUGAGGACAUUGCUUCCAAUCAGUUUCCAAUAUCAUGGUGCUCCACUUAGCAAGAGGGUUCUGCAUAACAUACUGCCAAGACUAAGAUCCUUGAGGGCAUUAUCGUUGUCUCAUUACUGGAUUAAGGAAUUGCCGGAUGACUUGUUUAUCAAAUUAAAGCUCCUCAGAUUUUUGGACCUUUGUCAUACAACGAUUAAAAAGUUGCCAGAUUCCAUUUGUGUAUUGUAUAACUUAGAGACACUUCUCCUGUCAUCUUGUGCUUUUCUUGAGGAGCUACCUCUGCAGAUGGAGAAGUUGAUCAACUUGUGUCAUCUUGACAUAAGCAACACUCGCUUGAAGAUGCCACUCCAUCUGAGUAAGUUGAAAAGACUCCAAGUGCUAGUGGGAGCCAAGUUUCUUCUAAGUGGUUUGAGAAUGGAAGAUUUGGGUGAAGUAGAGAACUUGUAUGGAUCUCUAUCAGUUCUGGAGUUGCAAAAUGUAGUUGAUAGAAGGGAAGCUCUGAAGGCAAGGAUGAAGGAGAAGAAUCAUGUUGAGAAGUUGUCUUUGGAGUGGAGUGAAAGUAGUGCCGACAAUUCACAAACUGAAAGAGACAUACUUGAUGAGCUACACCCACACACAAACAUAAAAGAACUCCAAAUCACCGGAUAUAGAGGAACAAAAUUUCCAAAUUGGCUAGCUGAUCAUUCGUUUCUUAAGCUAGUACAAUUGUCUCUUAGCAACUGCAAGGACUGUGAUUCCUUGCCAGCACUAGGACAGCUUCCUUCUUUGAAAAUCCUUUCCAUCAGAGGGAUGCAUCGAAUAACAGAGGUGACGGAAGAAUUCUACGGCAGCUCAUUCUCCAGAAAGCCUUUUAAGUCUCUUGAGAAGCUUGAAUUUGAAGAUAUGCCGGAGUGGAAGCAAUGGCACGCACUCGACUUCCCUAAACUUGAGAACCUUUCAAUUGAAAAUUGUCCGAAGUUGAUGGGGAAGUUGCCUGAAAAUCUUUGUUCUCUGACACAAUUAAGUAUUUCAAGAUGUCCUGAACUCAAUUUGGAGACACCUAAACUGUUUACGUCCCAACUUGAGAAAUUAUAUAUUGAUAAUUGUAACUCUCUUACCUCCUUACCUUUUAGCAUACUGCCGAGUAGCUUGAAGACAAUAGGGAUAUCUGGUUGCCAGAAAUUGAAAUUGGAUGCGCCAGUUGGUGAGAUGAGUUAUUGUAAGGAUGUGUUUCUCAAGAAAUUGGAACUGGCAGGAUGUGAUUCUAUAGAUGAUAUAUCACCUGAGUUGCUCCCAAGAGCACGCAAAUUGACUGUUCGUCGUUGCCAGAACCUUACUAGGUUUUUGAUUCCUACUGCGACUGAAACUCUCAAUAUUGUCGAUUGUAAGAAUGUUGAAAUACUUUCGGUGGCAUGUGGGGGGACCCAGAUGACGUCUUUGUAUGUUCAGGUUUGUUCAAAGCUGAAGUGGCUGCCAGAUCGGAUGCAGGAACUCCUUCCAUCUCUUGAAACACUGGUUCUUAUUCAUUGUCCAGAAAUAGAGUCCUUUCCUGAAGGAGGAUUGCCCUGCAAUUUACAAUUACUUAAAAUCUGGUAUUGCAAGAAACUGGUGAACGACCGAAAGGAGUGGCGUUUACAGAGACUCCCCUGUCUCAGAGAGUUAGUGCUCGUACAUGAUGGCAGUGACGAAGAGAUUCUUGCUGGUGAGAAUUGGGAGUUGCCUUCCACUAUUCAAAUCUUAACCAUAGACAAUCUGAAAACAUUUAGCAUCCAAGUUCUCAAAAGCCUCACCUCUCUUAAAUAUCUAUGUAUAGCUAAUUUACCUCACCUCACUUCACUUCAAAGUCACCAGUCACUUCCUGAAUCAGCACUGCCCUCCUCCCUCUCUCAGCUGACCAUUAGUUAUUGCCCUAAUCUCCAAUCACUUUUCGAAUCAGCACUGCCUUCCUCCCUCUCUCAACUGUUCAUUAGGAAUUGCCCUAAUCUCCAAUCACUUUUCAAAUCAGCACUGCCCUCCUCCCUCUCUCAGCUGACCAUUGAGAAUUGCCCUAAUCUCCAAUCACUUUCCGAAUCAGCACUGCCUUCCUCCCUCUCUAAGCUGACCAUUGUAAAUUGCCCUAAUCUCCAAUCACUUUCCGAAUUAGCACUGCCUUCCUCCCUCUCUCAGCUCACCAUUGUAAAUUGCCCUAAUCUCCAAUCACUUUUAGAAUCAGCACAGCCCUCCUCCCUCUCUCAGCUGACCAUUGAGAAUUGCCCUAAUCUCCAAUCACUUUCUGAAUCAGCACUGCCUUCCUCCCUCUCUCAGCUGACCAUUGAGAAUUGCCCUAAUCUCCAAUCACUUUCUGAAUCAGCACUGCCCUCUUCCCUCUCUCAGCUGACCAUCCAGAAGUGCCCUAAUCUCCAAUCCCUUCCAGUAAAAGGGAUGCCCUCUUCCCUCUCUCAAUUAUAUAUUGGCAACUGCCCAUUGCUCAAACCACUACUAGAAUAUGAAAAGGGGGAAUACUGGCCAAAUAUUGCUCAAAUUCCCACCAUACUGAUCGAUUGGGAAUACAUGUAAUGAUUAAAAUGAAUGGCUCUCCAACAGAUGUAUUGGAUUGGUUUAAUCGAAAGUUUUUAGUUCUUGUAAGCAUCAAACAUCCCAUGUCAAGAAUGAAACUUUGCUUAAUAGUAGAAUGAAGAUAUCUUGUCACUAUAGAAAAUCUUUUAAAUAAAUCUAUGCUGAUACAUUGUAUUUUUACUAUCCUUCCUACGUUUGGACACAUUUAAUUGUGCCACAACAUGGAUAACUAAAGUUUGUCAAUUGGUUGCUAAAUUGAAUAUAUCGGAAAUAAUCUCUCUGCCUAGUGAG